UAAUUACUGUUCAAAAAAGUUGCUCUCUAUAGAGAAGGAUCCAUCAUAAAUCUAUUACGAGACUUUUAAGAAGUGCCAGUUUUUACAUUAAGCUACUAAUUUUGAAGUUUCUUCUUCAACAAAUGCAUUAAAAAGUGAUAAUUGUAUCAGAGCGAAAACACGUGCGUGCAAACAGCGAUAAUGUCCGUACUAGGAUUGUGGAUUUUGGCGUCAUUAGUGGGCGAUUGCAUUGGAUACGUUAAUGUUCAACAGCCAGCUCAGUACAACGUCUACCAAAGCCAAACUUAUGAGCACAAAUGGCAACCCUUGCAAUAUAAAUCUUAUGACUAUCAACAUCAUGAUUACCAAACUUAUGGCAAUCAACAUAAUAGUUUUAAACCUUAUGAAUACAAACCUUACGACUAUCAAGCUUAUGACUACACAUCUUAUUAUUAUAAACCUAAUGACUAUCAACCCUAUUAUUACCGAGCUUAUGAUUACCAACCUUAUACCUACCAAGAUGUUGCCUACCAGCCCUAUGACUAUCAAACGUAUGACUACAACACUUAUGAAUAUGAACCUUACGAUCAUCAAUCGUAUGACUACCAACCCAGUUAUUACAACAGCUACUAUUCCUACUAUCCCACCACCUACAAGUAUCCAGAACCUUACAAAUCCGUAAAACAGCAUCACAAACCAGAUCUAUCGUACGAUGAAGGUCAAAAGUUCCUCCAAGUGUACCGACUGAUUCGGGUGAUUGCAUUAUUUCGGAUACCACCCAAAACUCACAAGUCCUUAUUCGAUAAACUGGUAGAACGGUUGACCAAACAGCCACUGCAGGACCAACUCGUUGAGCUGGUUCGCCACGUCAAUGGGUAUGAGGAGGUUGCCAAGUUGGAACCAGGGCCUCACGUGAUGGAAUUGGACUUGUUUGUCGACGAUGCCCCUCGGCUGUUGCUGGCGGUUCAACGGGCGCUGAAUGCGCUGGAUUUGGAAGAAUACGAAGGACGUGGAUGCUGUGGAGGGCACGAAGAGCUCUGCGUAGAAUUGCGUCAACUUAGGGAUCAGGCGAAUGCGUUGACUGUGACCAUGGUCAAGAAGGAGAAGGUUAAGUUUGAGGUGAAGCAGGCAUUGGAUACGGAUAUUCUUGAGGAUUUGGAUGAAGAGCAGGAGAGUAGAUUACUAGAAGUGGAACGUUUGAAUAUAGACGUAGGCGGAGUUACCGGUUAUGAAGUGGUUGAAAAUCCUUAUGGACACGGAUAUUCCGGUGGCUACCAAACAUCAUCGCCAGUCGAAGUCGAGUUUGGUGAACUGGCCUCAGCUUUGAAGGUACAAUUGAAGCACUACAUGGCCGGCCAAGUUCCGCAAAUACAGGAGAAGAGUCAGGAAGGACCUGUGCAGGUAUUGCCCAUUGAGGAGGCUGCAACAGCAACGACAACCUCUCGAAUUACUCCGAUAACAACGGAAAAUGUUAAGGUACCGGGGUUUGUGAAGUACCAUGUAUCGGAGGGUCACCAGGUUGCCGGCAUCAGUCUACCUGUGGUAUCAGUAGUGCCAGCAGCCACGGAGGAAAGCAAUAAGCUGUAUGAAGAAAACGUAUGGGUUCACGAGGAUGCCGUGGUUCAGAAUUUGCUCGAUAUCACUCAACGCUUCCAACAGUCGACGAGUACCGAUAAGUCGGGUUUGGUGUGGCCCCAUUCGGUGCCCUUAUGGUUGGUGAAGAAUACGGAAUCGCCGAAAGUACCGGAAACUGACAGCAAAGGUAGAGCUUAUUUUGAUCAGCUUUUAGUUCGUCUAAUUAUAUUAAAUUUUGUUUUUCAGUAGUUACGAAUGUACCUGAGAAUACUAAACAGGUUGCGAUCGAUGAGGCGAAACUUCAGCUAGUUAGUGAAGGAGUUGACGAUUCUCUUGCCAAUUACGACGUUUUUGCGGAUUUGGUUGAACACGAGGCGGAAGGUUUGACACCAGAAGCAAUUGUUGCCGAUGUUCAAACAAAACACCAUCAUCAACAGGAACAAAUGUUGGUAAUGACUACGGUAAAUGAGGAGACGACAAGCUCUUCAAUCGUUACCGAAGCGCUCACAGAAACCGUCCCAUCUGAAA